AUCCUAUCUAUUCGAUUGUGGUGCCGGAAUCCUUAAUGCGCCAGUGAAACUCUUGGAGCACAUUUCCAGUUCCAGCAGCUGAGAUUGGCUUUUUCACGGCUGCCGGCGCCUGCCUGCUGCAACUACAAAACUCCCAACUCUACCGCGCCUCGCGUUGACGUGACUUUCGAGUUUCCACUACUCUCUGCAGGGAUGAGACAGGGGAGAUUGGUGAGAAUCAAGCAAUAGCUGGGGUGGUAUUGUGGUCUUUGAGUUUGAGCUGAAGUCUUGUGACCAUGGCUUCUUCUUGGAUCACAUCUACUUCAUGUUCAAGCUCUGUGAUUUCCAAGGAGACAUCUCUUCCAUCCAUGUUUCAAUGGAUGAGAUUCGUUUUCCUGUCUCCCGUGUCCUCAAAGAGCUAAUUUUUUUUUUUUUUUAUCAGCCAAGGUAAAAUAAUAUUAAUAAAGAGUACAAGGGGUA